GCGAAAUGAGUAAACGCUCUGACAUACCGCCAGGGUUAAUCAGUCCGUUACAUAUGCUCGAUGUUAGAGGGAGUUGACGGCGACAUUUGGCACUAUUGGCAAUAAUCUCGAGCAGCAACUUCUAACGAUAAUGCGCCUACGGAUACUACGGAUACGUUAACGACAAAGCGCUCUCUUGUAUACAAUCAUUUUGCUUUUUAGACCGUGAGACAUGAAUGCGGAAAGCAUGACAUACGCAUAUAUCUCGGAGCCCGUGGAAUUUAGGCAGCUGCAGGGCAAAGCAGUUGACUUUAGAAAAACCUUUGAUGUGCGGGGUCAGGGCAAUGAUGAAAUGCUGCAGCUGUAUCUGCGCAAGGCCCACUUGGACGAAAAUGUGGAACAGAUGCCAGCGAUUCAGCGACGCACAUAUGUUUAUGACAUAAUUAGAAGCAAUAAGGGUCCAGGUUAUUGGGUGCCACCUUCUAUGCAGCUGAGUAGCGACGUCUUUGCACAUCCACCGCCAGCUGUUUUACCACCGCCCACUAUGAAGAGCUCACCAUUUAACGAACGACGUACAGGUGCACAGAUGAAAUCUUCCGCCUCUAGCAGCAGCCUGGGCAGCUUAGGCGGCGGCACUGCGCCGCUGCCUGGACCCAGCUUUGCCAGCAGUGUGGUGGUCAGCAGCAAGGGCUCCAAAUAUGAAAUUAGCGGACCCAUAAAUUUUCAGCAUGUCUCUGGUGAUGUGACCAGAGAUCGCACACGCAAUGCCUUCGAUUUGAGUGCUGGCAAUCAGGAUAAUGUGCUGAAGAAGUAUAUGAUGGAACAUGGCAUUACCGAACAGGAUAUAGCUGGAAUGAAUCGCAAGGAUAUUAUCAAAAACAUUGUACACUCAAAUGCCACAUGGCAGCCCAGCAAAGCUGAGAUGAAGGCGUCCAAGGGCAUGACAUUACCGCCUGCUCCAACGCCAACGCUUGUUUAUGCCACUAUAAACACCAAUAAUCAGCUUACACCGCCGCCUUCACCAAAGCCUGUACAGAAGCCGCUGUCCAAUUAUGCCACAAUUACAUCACGUUUUAAAGAUAUCUCUGAUAUGGAUUGGCCAGCCACACCGAGCUCUUCCGCACCGCGACGUGCACCUUUGGGUAAUAUAGUGCCCAUACAAGUGUCGGGUGGUUCAAAAGUGCCGCCACCACCCUCAACCGUUACUGCAGCUAAUGUACAUGUCAAUCCAGCCGCGGUUGAAGUGCGUCCAGCACCUCUGAAGACACAAUCUGAUAUUUAUGCCACGAUUGCGCCACAAAGAAAAGCAGGCCAAAUGCGUGUGCCACCGCCUACGCCGCCCAAACCUACCACACCGUUACCAGUGCAAUAUAAAGCACCAGCUGCACCAAAAUUGCAACCUGUAGCCAAUCCUGUUGCUUUUCCACAACAGUCAAAGUGCCGCACAUCGGCCGCUCCUGUUGCGUUUACACAACAGUCAAAGAGCCGCACAUCGGCCGCUCCUGUUGCUUUUCCACAGCAGUCAAAGAGCGGCACAUCGGCCGCUCCUGUUGCUUUUCCACAGCAGUCAAAGAGUGGCACAUCGGCUGCUAUACCGCCUCCUCCUCCACCGCCACCACCAGCGGCAGCUGUGCCUGUUCCACCGCCUCCGCCACCAUUAUUAGCAGCAGCAGUUCCAGCUGCACCAAUCAUGCAAAAGUCUGAACAGCGAAAGCCGGCCCCCGCAGCCGGAGGUGACAAUCGUGAUGCUUUCUUGGAAAGCAUACGCAAUGGCGUAGCUUUAAAGAAAGUCGACAAGAAAGCAGCUACUAUAAGUGGGGUCAAGCCACGCGCCGAAAAGAAACCACCAGCAGGUGAUUUCCUUAGCGAGCUUAAGCUGGGCAUCACAUUGCGACGCGUUAAGAAUCCGGCGGACAAUCCGUUCUCUGAUGCCAAUUCAAAUGCAGAUGAGUCCCAAGCAUAAACUAACGGCGAAGCUCUCAACAAAGUGGCAGCACCGCUGUGAAUCGACAUUUCUAUCGAUACUUUUAUUACACCUGUUUACCUGUGAAAAAUGUAUGAAAAUAAACUAAAGAACUUAUUUAUUCUGUUAAGCAUAGCACAGAAAAUUGAUAAAAUCAAUAAAGUUGGAUUUAUACAUCUUUA